AUUGAAGUUUGAAAUUGUGUCAGGGAAUUUUGACCGGUGAGAGUGGCGUGACCUUGUGACCUGUAAAUGCCAAAAUCCGUUUGCAUUGGUUACUUUCCAUCCCAUCUCGCCUUCACAGUGGAUGCGUAGUUAUUGUUAUCACAUCAGGUGAUUUCUUUUAUUUUAAACAGAAUCCUUUGAUUGAAGUGCUUUUUAACUAUGCAUGAUACUGAAUCAAGACCGAACCUUAGUAGAUUUGUGAACAUAACUAAUGUCUCAGUCAGCAAACCUGCGACAAUUGUAAGUGAUUCCCAAUCGACAGGUGUUUAUCAGCCACCACAUCUGGCUCCAGUUUUUUUCGAGGGAGUUAAAAGCAAGUCAUCAACAGAGCGUGCAAAACUAAGGGCAGCUCGGUUUAUUCUAGAAGAUGUGGAUUUAAAUGAAUCUGAAGACUUACCGAAAGAAGUUUAUUUUGGAUGCGGUUCUGAAGAAAAUUCCGCACGAAAGAGAAUACAAGAAAAGCAACAGUAAGUUUUGUCACCGGUUGGUAACAAGACCUUAGGUAUGAAGAGGAGAACUUUGUCCGUUUAAAGACAACAAAGCAGGAGAAGAGAUUGCAGCGUUCUUUCCUUCCAGGUGGGCUGUCUGAUACAUCUUCAAGGCUAAGACAAAUGCAAAUACUGCUCCAAAGUGUAAGUUUAACUCAUAAAUUGCAAUAGCUGUACACUUUAUGUAACCAACAUAUGCGCCCAGCCAGGUUAACGGUGUUCAGUGAUUGGUUUUAAAGUACAGUCAAAAUAAAAUACCAUACAUAUCUAUGUCUACUAGAGAGCUAAUUCAUUGGGUGAAAGGUGGCAUUACGAACCAAUUAUCCAAACCUCGGUUGGUGAAACAUGACCCGUUAGUUGGGAAUCAACUACUUAACUAAUAAGUCAUGUCUCUACAGCUGUUGAUGUAGUUCGGUAAUAUGCACAAUUUUCUGUGCGUGUCGAAAUACAAAUGUGUCACAUACUUAACCAAACGAACCCAAUGACUUGCGUAUUAAAACGGAAAUAAGGUUGUUAGGUCAUUUACAUUUACGCAUAAAGUGGGGUGAUUUUCGAACAUGAAAAACACGGGUUGGAAGCCGACCACUCAAUCCAUAUUUCUGCACUAAAUAAACCGUGUUUCGCUAGGUUAAUCUACCUUGGUAAUAACUUGUCUGUUGUUAUGCGCUUAUAUUUUUCUAAGUAUAGAGCCAUGGUUCACUAAUUUGUACACCCAAUAGGUGGGGGAAUCCUCAAGUUUACUGAUAUGUAGUCAGUUCCUUAUACUACUACGUCAUUAAAGCACGCUCAUGAAUAUCAAUUAACCUUCCACCUUGGAGGCAACUAAUGUUUCCAGUGUAUUCACAUAGCUAAGGUCCAUUGAAUUGCAUUUAACUUACUUUGUGCUGAAGAUCUUAAUCUUAGCCAGCAUUACAGACUUAAUUGCUUGAUUUUUUCAAGGUAGAAUUUUAGACAUCACAGAGUCGGCUCAUAUUCUUGUUAUUUCUAAGCAAUGAGACUCCAAUACGUAAGUAUCACAAAUUAUGACACGAUGUUACAUAAAUUUGUGGUUUUGCCUUUAGGCAUUUCCUAAGCUGUGCAUUUAGAUAUUUUUAACGCUUUUGGUUAACUACAUUGUUUUUGUAGUCAGAUGAAGAAAUGGAAUAUAAACCACCUCCGACGAAGAAAAAGAAGAAACAACUUAAACGCCUGAGAUACAAGAAAGGACGCAGAAAGCGAAAAUAAUACGGAUCUCUUGUACAUACGUCUACUUUGAAUAUAAGAAAUUCUUAUUCUUUCUGUUCCUUUCAUUUUUCAUGAAUAAAAUCACGUGCUUAUCUGAGUCGGUAAUAUUGUAAGCGAACUGUAAAAAAGACCAAAGACUUCUGUUUCAAUGUCGCAU